AUGUCAGACAACAUCGAUACUAACGAUCAGAGUGAGGGAUUGUAUGGUAUCGACAAUGCUCCGAAUUCCCUUCCAGCACUCGCUGCUUGCGCCCGAGGCUUCUUAUCCGAAUCCUACGACUUCAUUAUCAUCGGCGGUGGUACUGCUGGCCUCGCUGUCGCUGCACGUUUGACUGAGGAUCCUGAUAUCGUUGUCGGAGUACUCGAGGUCGGCAAAUCGAGACUUGACGAUCCCCUCGUUGAUACUCCGGCUACAUUCCCACAGCUGUUGGGCGAGCCCGAAUAUGAUCAUUGUUUCAAAUCUCAACCCCAGGAAGGUAAUCGUGGUAUCGUCCAUCAUCUGAGUAGGGGAAAAGCUCUUGGAGGCUCAAGUGCCAUCACCUAUAUGCUCUAUGUUCGAGGGUCCGAUGCAGACUACGACGAUUGGGCUGAUCUCGUAGCUGACGCCCAGUGGUCGUCCAAAGCUCUCAAACCAUAUAUGCGCAAGCAUGAAACCCUUGAAAAGAUCGAUGAAUCAAUCUUAGAUCAGACUGAUUAUCCUCAUAUCGGAGAGCAUCAUGGCACCACUGGUCCGGUCCAUACAUCCUUCAACGACAGCUCAUUCCCAAUCGGUGAUUCGACGAUCAAAGCGUUGGACGAAGUCGCCGGUCUAUCCAGGAAGCCAACCGAUCCCUGGAGUGGUGAUCACAUCGGCUUUUUCAACACGCUGGGUGCCGUUGCCAGAUCCGGACCUCACAAAGGUAAAAGAAGUUAUGCCGCUCGUGGCUACUUUCAAGCGAAUGCUUGCCGUCCAAAUCUGAAAGUGCUUUGUGAAGCACAAGUCAACAAGAUUCUGCUUGAAGAUGGAGUCGCUACAGGGGUAGAGUUCGUCUGGGAUGACAUGCAUGAGACUGUCUACGUCAAGAAAGAAGUCCUCUUGUGUGGUGGCGUGAUCAACUCACCUCAACUCUUGGAGCUCUCUGGUAUUGGUCGGCCUGGGGUCCUCGAGCAUGCUGGCGUCGAGUGCAAGGUUGAAUUGCCCGGUGUCGGCGAGAACCUGCAAGAUCAUGCUUGCGCUGUGCUUGGCUUAGAUCUCAAGCCUGGCAAUGUGACUCUUGACAUCCUCGGCGACCCAGACACAAUGGAAGCAGCCAUGAAAGCUUAUGUGGAGCAUCAGCGAGGACCAUUGACAUCCGUAGCCAGCACACAGGGUUUCCUGCCCUACAAGUCUCACGUCUCUGCCGAAGAGCUGGAGAAUACUGUCGAGAACAUUCGGGCGAUACAAAGCAGUCCCGACACAACACCGUUCUAUAGAAGGCAGCUGGACCAGGUGAUCACCCAUCUCGAAAGUGACAAGUCCGGAAACUUGCAGUAUAUCAUGAUCCCAGCUGGAGUUGACUACGAUGCCAUCGGCACCCAGAAGGUCUUUCCUCCGCCCGACAACAGUGGUGCCCAUCGAAUGGUCCUGGCGACAUGUCUGCAAUACCCUGUCUCCCGAGGCUCAUGCCACACCAAGGAUUCUGAUCCAUCGGUACAUCCUGCGAUUGAUCCUGGAUUCUUGAAGCAUUCUGCCGACGUCACAGUUCUGGCAGCUGGCCUCCACUUUGCACACAAAGCAACUAAGACCGCGCACCUUGCGCCUCUAAUCAAGGAACGAUCCUACCCUCCAGCAUCCAGGAAUCUUGACAAUGCCACCGACCGUGAAGAGGCAGUCAGAGAUUGGGUCAUGGGAGAGUACCAUUUAAUUGGCACUUGCGCCAUGGGAGAAGUCGUGGACAGCAGACUGCGAGUCAAAGGUGUCAAGGGCUUGAGAGUUGUGGACGCGAGUGUAUUCCCGAACCAUGUCAGCGGCAACAUUUGCAGCAGUGUAUACACUGUAGCUGAGAAGGCUUCUGAUCUUAUCAAGGAGGACUGGGGGAUUGAGACUGAGGUGCAGGAACUGAGCAAGUUGAAGCUGUGA